AUGGCGAUAGUGUCUGCGGUCCUCCCCGAGGAGCUCCAGCUGGCCACGACAGCCCACGUCAAAUACAUCCAAAGUCUGGAUUCAAGAAAGGACGAGUAUGACUAUUGGUUGACCGAGCAUCUCCGGCUCAAUGGGCUUUACUGGGGGCUAACGACCCUGCACCUGCUGGGCCACCCCGACGCCCUGCCACGCGCCGAGACCGUCGACUUUGUGCUGUCAUGUCAACACGACAGCGGCGGCUUCGGCGCCGCCCCCGGCCAUGACGCCCACAUGCUCUCUACCGUCAGUGCGGUGCAAAUCCUCGCCAUGAUCGACGCCUUUGACGAGCUGGAUACGCGCGGGAAGGGCAAGGCGCAGGUGGGAAAAUAUAUCGCCAAUCUCCAAAACCGCGAGACCGGCACAUUCGCCGGCGAUGAGUGGGGGGAGGAAGACACCAGGUUUCUCUACGGCGCUUUCAAUGCCUUGUCCCUGCUGGGGCUCCUCAAUCUUGUCGACGUGGACAAGGCGGUUAACCACAUCGCGGCAUGUGCCAACUUUGACGGCGGUUACGGGGUGAGCCCCGGCGCAGAGUCCCACGCCGGGCAGAUUUUCACAUGCGUGGCCGCCCUCACCAUCGCUGGCAGGCAGAAUCUUGUGGACAAGGAGCGGCUCGGGCGGUGGCUCAGCGAAAGGCAGAUUGCCGGAGGCGGCCUCAACGGCCGGCCGGAGAAGAAAGAGGACGUAUGUUACAGCUGGUGGGUGCUGAGCAGCCUGGAAAUGAUUGGCAAGACGCACUGGAUCGACAGGGACCAGCUAGUGGCCUUUAUCCUGCGCUGCCAGGACCCAGAGCGGGGCGGCAUCUCGGACAGGCCUGGUGACAUGGUCGAUGUCUGGCACACCGUGUUUGGUAUCGCGGGCCUGAGCCUGCUCCAGUAUCCGGGCCUGCAGCCCGUCGAUGAGGUCUAUUGCAUGCCCAAGUCUGCCACCGCGCGGGUGUUGGGAAGAUGA